AUGAGCCUGGCCGAUCCGCCCGACGCGCUUGCGUCGGACACGGCGACAUUACGGAACGCAUUGGAGCGCAUGGGCGAUGUACCGGCCCAGCAGGAGGCGACCAAGGUCGCCAUAUGGAAGAUCAACGGCACGAUACAGUCUCGUACGGCUGCGUAUGCACGUCACAAAGCGGAGGCCGAAACCAAGCAAAAAGAAUCGAAUCGGCUGCGCAAAUCGGUCGUGACCAAGCUCGCGCCGAAGCACUCAAAAUGGUCAUCCAAGGCAACACAAGCGCAUGAGGCUGCCACCUCCUCGCACCAGCAGAUGGAGGCCUCGUUUCAAUCGCUGAACGACGCAAAAACGGAACUUCAGCGUCUCGAGACGCGACGUACCGACCUCGUACGUCUUGCGAUCGAGUCUGCAGCGCUGCAGCGCCGCAUCGACGAGAUCGGUGACGAAAUGUUCCCAUAUGGCAGUGAGCAUACUGUGCUACGUGCAUGGGUCCGUGAAGUACGGAUUAGACAGCUCUUUCUCAAGCUCAUUCCAACAGAAGUGAAGCGCGAGCAACGCGCGCGAUCGGCCUUGAACUUUGCCGAAAAAAAUACCGUCACCAUCAUGAAGAUCUUGCGCGAGAUUUUGGAGCUCUCUAUUCAGUUUGGCAUCGCUAAUGACAACCGCGAUCGGUUGAUUCCAGCAAGUCUCACCAAGUUUUCGAAGCGCAUUACACCCAUGUUACUACGUGCCAAAGUCCUGCUGGGUGACUUUUACACGUGGAUUGCCAAGGCACGUAUGCGCCAAAAAUUCGUGGUCCGCGCGCCUGUCAUGGAGUUGGUCGACCUAUCGCGCAUGCCAGACAAGAAACGUAAUCGGCUGGACCAAGAUGGGCUGGUGAAAUCGAUAGAGUCGUCGUAUGCACAAUGCCGCGCCUUGCAAACAUUCACACAGACGGAAAUCAAUCUGGGAAAAACUCGCGAGCGCGCACUCUACAAGCACUUUGACGAGCUAGGCGCCUCCAUUUCGGCAGCACAGCGUGAAGUUCGUGCGGCGCGUGCUGUGGCCUUGGACGUCGACGCUACGCAGCUCGACAAGGCAUUAGCACCGUUUGCAGACAAGCUGCCCAAAGACAAUACGGAGGUUAAGCCAGUGGCGCAGCCCAUCAGUGCGGAUGAAGUGCAACGGGCCCGGAUGCGUCUGGACAAGGAGAUGGAGGCAGAGGCGCCCGAGGAGGACGAGGACGAUGCCAAGUCGGAGAUGGGUAAAGUGGCGCCGUCCACAGUAGCAUCUACAUCAACCCGGCUCUCCCUUGCCACGACAGUUACCGCUGUCUCCAUGCCGGGCGUGGACCCUGACCUGUUCACACAGGCGCUGCAUCGGCUGCAUACGCUGCUCGCCGACUUGGAUGCGUCGUCGCGCACGGACCAAGACGACGAAGAUUUGCCCUGGACGAUGCUAGCCUUGGGCUUCUAG